CUUCUUGUUGUGAUUCUUUAGCGAAUCUUUUAUUUUGAUUUUUUCUUUUGAAUCAUGGCUCGUCGGUUAGGUCGAGAGGGUCCUUCGGUUGCUGUAGUCGUAAAUGAACAGGCUCCUCGCUUGCGAGCGCGUGAUCCACCGAUCUUUCGUGGAGAGCCUCAUGAAGAUGUAGUUGAGUGGUUGCGUCAAUUUCAACGGGUUAGCGAUUUCAAUUUGUGGGAUGGGAAUCAGCAACUACGACAGUUGCCCCUAUGUUUAGAAGGAGUUGCUGAGAGGUGGUUUUCUAGUUUGAAUCCACGACCUGACACUUUUCCCGCUCUUAGUGAUCGAGUUUUGAGGGCAUUUCGUCAUCAAAACUACGAAAUGGAACUAAAUUCGCAGCUUCGUGCCCGAAGGCAAGGCCCUGGUGAACCCGUCAUGACUUAUUGUUAUGAUGUUGUUCAUCUUUGUUCAAAAAUUAAUGCAGAUAUGCCUGAACAAGAGAGAGUUCAGCAUAUUUUGCGUGGAUUAAGUUCUUCUCUUAUGGAAAAGGUGAUGCCUGAUCUAACGCAGCCAUUUACCGUUGAUCAACUUUUUGCUCGGAUUCAAGUUCAUUGUCAGACAAUUGCCAUGGCCAAUCGAGCUUUGAAUGAUUCUUUGUCUACCCCAGUAAUGCAGACUACCAUCUUGAAUCCUCCCUCUGCUGGGUUUGUUACGAAGGAGGAGUUGAACACUUCGAUUGCGUUAUUGAGAAAAGAGAUUAAGGAAGAUGUGGCUUCUACCUUAACCUCUUUCACCUCCACCAUUAAAGAAACCAUCCGGUCAGAACUUAAAGCUAGCAGGAAGAAUGUCGGGGUGGGUGUUCGGAAUGAUGGUGUCGGAUUGGGCAAUCGGGUUAUGAAAAGGACGGCUGAUGGUCGCCCCAUUUGUAAUUCUUGUGGCCACCCAGGCCAUAUUGCUCGUGCCUGUAGGUCUAAUUCAACGCGUCCACCACUUGCGUGUUUUAUUUGUGGGCAGGUUGGUCAUAUUUCACGUCAGUGCCCUUCUAGGCUUGAGAGUAGUUCAAGGCAGGGUUUAUCGAAUGCGGGUUUUUCGGGGGGCUCCUCUUCAAAUCAAGCUAAUGGGAAUAAUUCAGGCACUUCGUCUCGCUCAUCAAACUGAAUGCGGUGAUUGAA